AUUCAAGUUUAUAUAGGCAACCCAAAUUACACGCCGCUACGCCUCGGGUCAAGAUUUAGACAGCAGAAUAUUGAAUUUGCAGUAUCAAAAAUCAAAAUAUCACAAAUCUUUAAUUUGAAGAAGGAGGCAGAAGAUAGAAGAUAAUAUUUAGGUGAAUUAAGAUAGUAAUAAAGGCAAAUACAAGUAAUUAAAACAGUCCUAAACAGUGUGAUCUAAUUUUUAUUUAUUAGCUAUGGAAGUAAAGACUGAAAUUAAGGAUGAGUUUGUGGAAAGUGACCCAGUAAGUUAUAUAGAGAGUCAGUUAUCUUCAUCCACAAAUCUUGGAUAUUUGAAAAAUGAACCACAAGACAAUUCAGGUAUGGAAGCAAAAACUGAAAUUAAUGAAAAGUUUGUGGAAAGUGACCUAAGUUAUAUAGAGAGUCAGCUAUCUUCAUCCAUAAAUCUUGAAGAUUUGAAGAAUGAACCAGUAGAAAAUCCAGCCAUGGAAAUAAAGGCUGAAAUUAAAGAAGGGUUUGUUGAAGUUGAUCCAAGAUAUAUUAUGAGUCAGCUAUCCACAUCAACACAUUUUGAGGAUCUGAAGAAUAAAUCUGAAGGUUCUCUCGAAGAGAAGAACACAUUGGCCAAUAUGGAAAAAUUAUCCCUACGUACAUGUAACAAAAAAUGUGUGAUGCAACCAGAUGAAGAACAAAAAUGUGAAAUUUGUAUUAAGCAGCUUGGCCAUAAAAGUUAUUUAAACACAGACAUGAAAAUAUGCACUGGAAAAAAGCGUUGCAAGUGUGAAAUUUGUUUUAAGCAAUUUAGUGAUAAAUAUACUUUGAAAAGACACUUAAGAACACAUAAUGGAAAAAAGCCUUACAAGUGUGAAGUUUGCUUAAAGUUAUUUAGUGAAGCAGAUAGUUUGAAAAAGCAUUUUAGAGUACACACUGGAGAAAAGCCUCACAAGUGUGAAAUUUGUUUUAAGCAAUUUAGUGAAGCAAGUAAUUUGAAAACACAUUUGAGAGUGCACACUGGGGAAAAACCUCAUAAGUGUGAAAUUUGUUUUAAGCAGUUCCGAGCAAAUAAUUUUAGAAGACAUUUGCAAGUGCACACUGGAGAAAAGCCUUAUGCUUGUGAAAUUUGUUUUAAGUCUUUUACUCAGGCAGCCAGCUUAAAAGAUCACUUAAACAUACACACUGGAGAAAAGUCUUACAAGUGUGAAAUUUGUUUUAAGCAGUUUAACCAUUCAAGUAAUUUGAGAAGACAUUUGAAAGUGCACACUGGAGAAAAAUCUAACAAGUGUGAAAUUUGUUUUAAGCAAUUUACUCAUGCGUUCAGUUUGAAAAUACACUUACAAAUGCACACUGGACAAACGCCUUACAAGUGUGAAAUUUGUUUUAAGCCAUUUAGUCUAUCAAAUGAUUUGAAAAAACAUUUAAGAGUGCACACUGGAGAAAAGCCUUACAAGUGUGAAAUUUGUUUUCAGAAAUUUACUCGAGCAGACAGUUUAAAAAGCCACUUAAGCAUUCAUACUGGAGAAAAGCCAUACAAGUGUGAAAUUUGUUUUCAGCAAUUUACUAAAGCAGACAGUUUAAAAAAACACUUAAGAAUUCACACUGGAGAAAAGCCGUACAAGUGUGAAAUUUGUUUUCAGCAAUUUACUCGAGCAGACAGUGUAAAAAGUCACUUAAGCAUUCACACUGGAGAAAAGCCAUACAAGUGUGAAAUUUGUUUUCAGCAAUUUACCCACGCAGACAGUUUAAAAAAACACUUAAGAAUUCACACUGGAGAAAAGCCUUACAAGUGUGAAAUUUGUUUUAAGCAAUUUACCCUAGCAGGUACUUUGAAAAGCCAUUUAAGAAUACACACUGAAGACAAGCCUUACAAAUGCGAAAUUUGUUUUAAGCAAUUUACUCAAGCCAGUGGUUUGAAAAGACAUUUGAGAGUACACACAGGUGAAAAGCCUUAUAAGUGUGAAAUUUGUUUUAAGCAAUUUACUCAAGCAUACAGAUUAACAGAACACUUAAGAAUUCACACUGGAGAAAAGCCUUACAAGUGUGAAAUUUGCUUAAAGUCAUUUAGUCAAGCAGUUAAUUUGAAAAAGCAUUUGAGAGUGCACACUGGACAAAAAACCUUACAAGUGUGAAAUUUGUUUUCAGCAAUUUAGUCUUAAACUCAGUUUAAAAAGCCACUUAAGAAUUUACACUGGAUUAAAGGCUAAGGGACGGUAUUUUAACAGCUACUUAAGCUUUUGCUUAGCUAAGCCUGUGUCAAAAGUUAAGGAGAAGCUUAAGCUGGGUGUCGUAUUUCCAUCAUUUCCUUUACUAAACUGGUCCUCAACUGUCAUGUUAAUUGGUUUGGUACUUAUGAAUAGGGCUUUUCAUCGAUUGUCAUGUGUUUCCAGCUUUGUCAUGCAGAGCCGGCCCGAGGGCCGUGCGAGCCGUGCGCCCGCACAGGGCGCCAAGGGUUUGGGGCGAAUUUCCUUCCACCCCAAAAAAAAUUAAAUGCGAUAAAUUAUUAAAUUAUGUAAAUUUUUUAAGCCAAUUAUUCAUUCAUUUAUAAUGAAUUAGUAAUAUUUCAGAAAGCCUUA